UAGGAAGCGUUGCACGGUAAACUCGUCCGGCUCAGACAGGACUUUUGAGUUGCCGUCCCAUAUGAAAGGUGACAAAGGUCAUGGCAAAGGCUGGUCGGGUUGGAAAGGCUCCCAGGGCGGCAGCAAAGGUGGCAAAGGUAAGGGCCGAGUUCAUCGCUUGAACCUUCCAACGGCGAACGCCCCUGAGAUCGUGGCGGGCACCUCGUAUUGCUAUGCAGCCAAGCAUUCGUACAUUGACGUCCUGACGCCUGCAUGGCAUUGCCGUCCCCUGGUGCCGCACUUGCCAAAGGUGGAUCUGCGUUUUGAAGCUCUGCGAGAGCUGCAGACCUCCUCGGGAGGUUUCGAAGUGUCUCCCCUGUUGCUGGGCCGCCUGGGCGCGACCGAACAGGAGCCGGUGCUGAACUUGGCCAAGGACCUCAAGGGCCGAGACCUUGAAGUGCUCGGCGCUCGGCUGGUGCUGAAGGCGGCGGAGUUUUACAACGUACCAGACACGCCUCAGACCGAGGCAAUGUGUUUGCGUUGUAAAAAGUUGAUAGAAGUUGCAUCCAAAGACACAGAUGGAUUGGAUGCAAGCAGGAAGGACAAUAAAGCCUUGAAGAGAGAAAGGCCGAACGAUGACAUUGAGAAGCUUCUGGAUAUCACCUUUGGCAUCGUUCGAGGCUUGUGGUCUUUUUUUGAGUUAUGGGAGCGGCUGUUGCCAUCCAAGAUCCUCCAGCCUUUCAAGGAUGUUGGUGGCAUCCUGUGCACUCGGUUCUUCUUGGUGGACCUGGCGGCCGCACCUUGGUCACCCUAUGAGAUCGACAAGAGCUAUCCCCUCUUUCGGUCCGGCAAACAUAUCUACAUGGGACAGGUACCUCGAUCAGGAGUUGAAGAUCGGAUGCGCCAAGGGCAUGAAUUGGAAGCUGCUUGGGUCAAGAACUCCGAAGUGGAAGAGGAGAAGCUCCUCAUGGCGUUGCAGCUACCCAAGGGUCGUCAGGUUCUCUUUGCCGCUGCGCCGGAUGCCUUGGAUCCGGCGAUGGCGGAAUGUUUGGCACCGCUGGAGACGGAAGCGAACUUUGUGGGGGCCGGAUAUGAGGAAGCAGAGGCUUUUCCGCAUCCCACGGAGCCCACGACAUGUCGCAUUUGGAGGAGCCAGAACAUCGGCCUUGACGCACCGUUAUCGGCAUACAUUGAAAUCAAAAAGACCACGCAUCUGAAUGGAUUGAAUGGUGCCAACAAGCUCCUGAAUUACUGGCUUCAGGCAGCUCUAAUGAAAGCUGGGGCUGUUUGCGUGGCCUUUGCCGACGAUGCAACAGGAGUGGUCUCUCAUGGGCAGAAAUUUUCACUUCGACAGUUGGAGGUAGAGAUUCAGGAGCGGUUUCAAGACCCAGACAUCCUUUCCAAGGUUUGGGCAUCCUUAUUACAUUCCUUGGACCUUAUCAGUGGCACCAUGCAGGGAAGAUCCCAGCUGCAGCUGCAGAAGCAUCGCGGCUUUGGAGAACGGCUGCGCGAGGAACUCACGGAGGGAUGGGGUGAGAUGACGGAGACCAUGGAGGCACAUCCCUUUGAGCCGCGCGCACGGCAGCUCUUCGCCUCGUGACGAAAA